AUGGACAACUCUUGCCUGGAGAUGCUGGGCCUUUCGUUAACUCUCAUCGGGCUAAUCGGGGCGGCAGCCAGCACUGGGAUGCCCAUGUGGCGAGUCACGGCCUUCAUUGGCGAGAACAUCAUUGUUUUCGAGACCCGUUACGAAGGCCUUUGGAUGAACUGCUUCAAGCAGGCUGACAUCAGGAUGCAGUGUAAGGUCUACGACUCCCUGCUGGCCUUGCCUCCGGACCUCCAGGCGGCUCGGGGUCUCAUGUGCUGCUCCCUGGCGUUGGGCGGCUUGGGGCUGCUGGUCAGCCUGGUGGGACUGCGCUGCACGUCGUGUAUCCAGAACGACGACCGAACUAAGAGAAUGGUUCUCAUCGCCGCGGGGUGCAUGAUUUUCAUGGCGUGCAUCUGCGUCCUGAUCCCCGUAUCCUGGACCGGUCACGUUAUCAUCACGGACUUUUACAACCCCUUGUUGAUCGACGCCCAGCGGAGGGAGCUUGGGGAAGCACUAUACAUCGGAUGGGUGUCUGGCGCCUUCCUAUUCGCCGGGGGGUGCUUGUUCACCUGCUGCAACGUGGUGACGGAAGACAAAGACUCCAGGAGCUACAUCUACUCCCGGAACUCGGACUACGUUGCGUAUCCUCCUCAACCGAUCCAGCCUCUGCAGCCUCAGCAGUUGGUGAUGCUCCCCCAAGUCCAGCCCCAGCCGGUUCUUUCCAGACACCCUUCCGCUAGCUACAGCUACCAGUCCAGAUACCCGUCCAGGUACCCAUCUGUGCGCAGCGGGGUGGCGUAUCUCUGA